AUGUUGUGUUUGGUUCGGACUUUUCGCCGUUUCACGGCCACUGUUUGUGCCUCUAAUUCAUCGUAUACUGAUGUCAAUAUUCCAGAAACCGAUGAUGGUUCUGUUAGUUCUCCAUGCUCCCGUGAAACCAUUGAUAUCAUGGUAGUGGACACCGAGGUGGUAACCACUAGUCCAACGGAGCCUAAAAAUAUCAAAUCUCAUCGAUUCAGGGAAUUCAGACCUUGCAAGAAAUUAGUGUAUAGGGUUAGAGAACUAAAGAGAAAGCUAAACGAGGUUAUUGCCAAGAUUAUGAAUGAAAAAGUUUCUACGAGGGGCCCUAUAUCUGAGCCCUCCUAUAAUUCCACUCCCAUUGACUUCUUCUGUGAUUCUUCUACCAACUCAUCCUUCGAGUUCUCUCUGGAAGAUCUUGAAGCGUUAUCUCCAAUCAACUAG